CUAGAGAGUCGCUGCGGCCCCGACGCGGCCACUGCUACUAUGCUCGCGGUGGGCCGCCGCGUCUCUAGCCCUCCAGCCGGCCCGCGCCCACAGCCCGCCGGCGGCUCCGUCCCGCCUCAGUGAACAAUUGGAAGAGAAAAUUCAACAAAAUUUAUUAUGUGUGGAGUUCCUUCUUAAAGGAAGAAUUGAUUUGUUAAGAUGGAUCGGAGCAAACGGAAUUCAAUUGCAGGAUUUCCCCCUCGUGUAGAGCGUCUGGAAGAAUUUGAAGGAGGUGGUGGAGGGGAUGGGAACAUAACCCAGACUGGAAGAGUGUGGCCAUCUUCAUAUCGAGCUCUUAUAAGUGCCUUUUCCAGGCUGACACGUUUGGAUGACUUCACCUGUGAAAAAAUAGGGUCUGGUUUCUUCUCUGAAGUAUUCAAGGUCCGGCACCGAGCUUCUGGUCAGGUGAUGGCUCUUAAGAUGAACACGUUGAGCAGUAACCGGGCAAACAUGCUGAAAGAAGUGCAGCUCAUGAAUAGACUCUCCCAUCCCAACAUCCUUAGGUUUAUGGGGGUGUGUGUACAUCAAGGACAAUUGCAUGCCCUUACAGAGUACAUCAACUCUGGGAACCUGGAACAGUUGUUAGAUAGUAACCUGCAUUUACCCUGGACUGUGAGGGUGAAACUAGCCUAUGACAUAGCAGUGGGUCUCAGCUACCUUCACUUCAAAGGCAUUUUCCAUCGUGAUCUCACAUCAAAGAACUGCCUGAUAAAGAGAGAUGAAAGUGGUUACUCUGCAGUGGUGGCUGACUUUGGUCUGGCUGAGAAGAUUCCUGAUGUUGGCAUGGGGAGUGAGAAGCUGGCUGUGGUGGGCUCACCCUUCUGGAUGGCACCUGAGGUUCUUCGAGACGAGCCCUAUAAUGAGAAGGCAGACGUGUUCUCUUACGGUAUCAUCCUGUGUGAGAUCAUCGCCCGCAUCCAGGCUGAUCCAGACUAUCUUCCUCGGACAGAGAAUUUUGGACUGGACUACGAUGCUUUCCAGCACAUGGUGGGAGACUGCCCCCCAGACUUCCUGCAGCUCACCUUCAACUGCUGUAAUAUGGACCCCAAGUUGCGCCCAUCCUUUGUGGAGAUUGGGAAGACCCUCGAGGAAAUUAUGAGCCACCUACAGGAAGAAGAGCUGGAGAAGGACAGGAAGCUGCAGCACACAGCUAAGGGACCGUUGGAGAAAGUGCCUGGAGGAAAGCGACUGAGCUCACUGGAUGACAAGAUUCCCUAUAAGGCUCCACGUCCAAGACGUACUAUCUGGCUAUCUCGAAGCAGGUCAGACAUUUUCUCUCGCAAGCCCCCACAUACGGUGAGUGUCUUGGAUCCCUACUACCGGCCACGAGAUGGUGCUACUCGUACCCCAAAAGUCAACCCUUUCAGUGCUCGUCAGGAUCUCAAAGGUGGCAAGAUCAAGUUCUUUGACUUACCCAGCAAAUCUGUCAUCUCCCUGGUAUUUGACCUGGAUGCACCAGGACCUGGAACUUUGCCCCUGGCUGAUUGGCAGGAGCCUCUGGCCAUGUCUGCCCGUCGGUGGCGGUCUUUGCCUGGUUCACCUGAGUUCUUGAGUCAGGAGGCCUGUCCAUUCGUGGGCUGUGAAGAAUCUCUAUCUGACAGGCCCCCACCACGACUCAGUAGUCUCAAGUACAGAGUAAGCGAGAUCCCACCAUUCAGGGCAUCUGCCCUUCCAGCUGCUCCAGUCCAUGAGGCCAUGGACUGCUCCAACUCCCAGGAAGAAAACGGUUUUGGACACAGGCCCAAGGGGACCAGUCCAUGUCUUGGAGGUGCCUCUGAGGAGAUGGAGCUGGAAGAAAGGCCAAGAGGAGUGACUCCAGUCCUGUUCUCUGUCUCAGACACAGGCCUACAAACCCAGGGAGAGCAGGAUGGGUAAGAAGGGGGUUGGAGGUUAGUCCUUGUCUUAUCUUGGGAAUGGACCUUCAGGAGAAGCUCCAAGGGUCCUCCUUGGUACACUGCCUGACUUCUCAGGACCCCACAGAGCCAGCGGGCUAAGGGAAAGCCCAGCUCUAAAUUGGGCUUCCAAUGCACAAUGGCUGCAUAUGAGAAGGCAGGCAGCAACGAGAAGUGUUCCUUUAGUUGGGGCCAACAUAAUACUAAGUCUCUGCAAUCCAGCAGGGAGCUGUAGCUCUCACUGACUGCAGUGCACUUCCAAGACAGGACCAGAGGAUUGAGCUGGCAGGCAGUUGGUUUCCUGCCUCAGGUCUGUCUUGUCCAUUCUGGGGCAUCUGAGCUACUGGAUGGAAACUGUAGCUGACCAGGAAGCCAUUAAAGGGCAUGGCUAUUUCUCAGACCUGAAGACCAGGCUGUUUCUUGCCAGUGUCAGACACCUGAAUAAUUGCUGUUUGUGCUUACUGUAUGGUCAGACCACAUCACUACAUUUCUAUGCAAGGGGGACAAGGCAAUGUGGUGGUUAUGAUCCUAGCUAACCUGUUCAAAUGUCUUUUCCAGUUGAUUAAUCUAUUUUCAUAUUUAUAAAGGAGUCUUAAUAUUUUGCCUCAUAGGCUUUCAACCUUGUGGUUGGGAGUGGGGCUGUAGGCCUUAGGGUCUGCUCUAAAUGUAUUUGUCAAGAUGUGAUGCAACUAGUUGGUCAAAUUUAUACUUGGACUGAUUUUCUUCCCUUCCUGUUAGAGCUGGAAUUUUGGGAACAGUCUGUUCUUACAGAGCCGCAAUAAGAAAUAACCAAAGAAUGAAGUUGACGUCAAAUAUUUUCACAAUUUGUUUCUGAUUUUUUUUGUAAAAACUUUCCCAGACACUUUCAGAUUAAAAAAUAAAGUUGAUGUUGCAGGUG